CACACACACACACACCUCAGUAUCGAAAUUCAUUGAAAUGAGCAUUUAUAGUAAUCUGUUGAAUUGAUAACUGGCUGCAACGUCAGUUGAGCGAAUCAGCGAUCAAAGACACAAUCGAAGACGAAAAAGAAGAGACAGCAGAAAACAUCGAUUAGGAUUGCAAUCCUUGAUCCGUACCAAGAAUUACGUAUUGAACUCAUAAAAACCGAACGAACGAGGUGGAGGUGAUUACACACAGCCGACCUAUUAACACCUGUACAGCAAUGACAUCAUCUUUUCGCCGGUUUUGUUAUUGGCACAAAGAUCCGCAAUAAAUAUAUCAGUCUGAUGCUCUGAUGAGUAGCGAGGCUCCGAUUCACAUUGUCACAAAUAGCUGAAUUUUUGUUUAUAUGACAUGACCAUCGAAAACAAUCGAAUAUAUCAGAAUGAUGGCAAUGACUGUUCACUUUAUUUAUGGAUAUGUCGAAUUUAUUCCGAAUGUUCCCAGAAACAUCCCAAUAAAACACCUUGAACUCGCAUUCAUCGGCCCUUCAAAAUAUAGAAAGAAGCGAUAGUGACAGUAUAAAUAUUCAACAGUUUGAUAGAAUAGUACAUGAAAAUCAUUUAAAAUCUCAUCAAGAUGUCCAACACUCAGCCAGUCCGAAUCAGAAUCAAAUGCAUGAGCGGCAUCGAAACGCGAUCAGUUCCUUUUAAUUGCACACCAGACCACCGAUUGAUUGAUGUGAUAAAAUCAUUUUUGAUGGGCAUCGAUUUCAGCGUGAUGUGGUUUGAAUUCUAUGAUUCGCGUGGUGAAUGGCUGUUCGAUACAAAACAAACGGUUGCUGAUUACUUGAAGGCCAACGCACAAAUUAUUCUUUACAAGAAAAAGGUUGCAUUGAAGUUUCGAGUGCUACAAGAUCCAACAUUCACCGAUUGGUGCUUAAAUCAUGGCCGGAAAAUUGACAAUGGUCCAAUUCCUGAAAUUGGUCGCAACUGUGGAUUCGACAGCGAAAUGACGCUACAAGCGCUUUGUGAACAGUUCGGCGAUAAAAACGGAUUUUCACACCAUCGAUUGAAAUUUUUCAAUUCGGACGGCCAAGACAUUUUCGAAUCAUUGCCCCGGGAUGUAAAUUUGGGAAAAUUCUUCGAAAUUAACGGACCGAUGAUAUUCUACACCUAUCAAACAGAAGCUCACAUUGAUUACUUCUAUCUUAACGCUUCUCACGAUCCACACUCUGUCCCGAAGCGAUUCGAAUAUGUAGAAGGCAUGACUGUAGAUGACCUAUCACGCACAUACAACUAUCGGCACAGUUCGUUGUUGGCAAUUGAAAAUGGUGACAUCGUGGGGUUCGCAGAUGCAAGUGAUCCAGUACAGGAGAUCCUCGAUGACCACACGACAUAUAGACUGGGUGAUUUCCAUGACAGCCACGACAAAAGUGAGGACCACUUCGAUGUUUCAGUGCAAUUCGAGAACGGCGGUGAUAAAUUCAUGAAUCCGGUAUUAGUGUGCGCGAUGCAUAAUGAGACCAUCAAAAGCUUCUCUGAAAGAUUGUUGGCAAAAAUUGUGGAGCCCGAUUGCAUUGCCGUUUGCCUAAAAUCACUCAGAAUCAACAUUGGCGGUACUACUUUCAAGUGCAACUCAACUGUGAAACUCAACAAACCACCUGCAUCGGAUACAUCGGACAUUAUUGUUUUUUGUAUGGUUGAUGCCGCACAUUUGCCACCGGAACUAAAGUACUGUGACUAUAAAUAUGAGUUUUAUUUUUACGAUAAGAAAAAACCAUGGCACAGAGUCAAAUUUUGUUACACAAAGGUUACUGCCUGCAAUCCAGAAAAACUCUUGUCGGUGAUCGAUCAAUUCAUUGAAUGGAAGAAAUUCACACUGGAAAAAUGUGAGUUCUUCGAUUCCCGAGGUAUUCAAAUCGAAUCAAAAAGCAUGCAGUCUACUGUUGCACAGUAUGCUCGGAAAAACGAUCUGGUGAUUUUUUAUGUCAAAACGAGCAGCGAUUAAAAUGACAUUACCAUGGAAUCUUAUAAUAAGAUAAGCAGGGUAUGACUCCUUGAUGCCAUCCGUUUAACUUAUGUCACAUAACAAGACGGAAUCAUUUGAAUAAAAACAAAUACAAUGCUGUUGUAACAACAGCUAAAUAUAUCUUUCAUACUUUUAAAAUUCUGUAUAAUUUUCAUAUUGUUCAAUGAUACAAUUAGCUUUUUCCACGUAGUGUUCUCUAGUUGUUUCUUUUCAUCAAUCAACUAAAUUGCUAUUGAGAUCGAAUUGGCGACUCUCAUCGUCAAAUCCAUGAGUAAUUUUAAGACCAAUUAUAGAGCCAAUUCCUUCAAAGUUUAGAUAAUAAGGUCCUAUCAUUUUGAGAAAAAAAGAUUGAUGUAGAUAUGCCAAAAUGAAACAUAAAGGCAUUGCAAAGAACUAACUGUUGGCUAUAAAUAUAAGCUCUUGUAGAAUACCUGCUGGAAAUUCUGUAAAUAAAAUGUAAUAAGUGAAAAGUUCUUGUUUAAA